GUUACUAUCAUCAGUGGACUGAGAUCGGUGACAGCAAACAAGAGAUAAAAAGCAUGGAUUUGCAGGGACACAAGUGCAGUGUAUGUGACAGGAGUUUCUCUGUGAAGUCCAACCUGACUCGGCACAUGCAGCUUCAUGGUCCAAAGGAACAUGUGUGUGAAGUGUGUGGGAAAAGCUUCUCACUGAAACAGCAGCUGAGCAGCCACCAAAAACAGCACCUGUACCCAUGCAUCCGUCUGUACAGGCAGGGAGAGGCCAAGCUACAGUGUACGGAUGCAGCUAAGAGUGUGGCAAUGGCCCCCAGCAAAGCAGUAGACCCCAGCUGUCUGGAUUCUGAAAAGGCAGAGGCUGCUGCAAAGAAAGCUGGAGGGGAAAUGUGGAAAGGCCAGCUAAUUGUCACAUUCGGCAAAUAUGAAGGACAGUCUUUCAGGUGGCUGCUUGAAAAUGAUGUGGGCUGGGUCAUAUGGCUGCUGUCUGAAUAUUGCCAGAAGGGUGAGAAGAACGAACUCCUAAAGUGGCAAAAGGAGCGAUUGCUGCAGUAUGCCAGAGAGUUCCCGCCUGUCACCUUUCAUCUUGACAAACGCUUGGAGGAGUCAAGGAAAGACAAAGGAAAGAAGGCUGAAUCUACCCUUUCUAAGUUCCAGCAGGAUCCUGACUAUGCCAGUGAUGCUGAAUUGUUGGCAGCUGCAGAGACAGUCCUUGAAGAUUCUGAGGUAGCGGUCUCCACACGGCUGACCACCUGGGGAGAGCUCACACCGGCUGUGAGUCAGGACCCUUCCCACAGCCUCAGCACAUCUCAGGGAAGACCUUCUUCCCCUGUAGACACCUCUGCCUCAGAAACCGGUGGCAUCUUGCUGGAGGGCUGGCAGAAAUACUGGGAGCAUCCACCUCCAUCUACACAAGCCAAUGGUAUAGCUCCUCCUAACAUCACAUGGCUGAAAUGUGAUGAGAUGUAUGGUCUGUUUAAGAGGCCUUCCAAGUACAAGAAUGCCAAAGGAGAGAUUGUGGAGAGAAGGCUUUUAAAGGAGAAGAUGGAGUUCCACCCACCCCCAAUUCCUACUUCUGUCAAGGGAGGACUGCCCAACAUGAUGGCCUUUUUCACAACCCCUGCCUUCUUCUGGCGCCCAGUUGGUGUGAUGCAAGCCAAGAUCCGCUGCCCUAGCUCCAACUGCCCUGCACCACCAGGUGAAUACCUUGAGAAGAAAGGCUUUGGUAGUUAUGCCAGGCAAGUGUGUGGGAUGAAGUACAAUUACACCCUGUUGACGGAGAAGCUGAAGUGUUCACAUUGUGAAAAGAUGAGGCGGGCAGUGAGUAAGACACAUAGUGACACAGACAGUGAAGAUGAGGACAGUCUUCAUGUUCAGCAGUACAUUUGGCUGGCACACAGUCCCAAGAUUUUGAUGAACCUGGCCCCGGCCAUCAGAAGCAUGUUUCCUGCCAUACUGUGUGGGAAGCGUGCUAUUGACAAAGGCGUGGUUACUCUUCUGAAUGACAGGGUCAACAGUGUGUCCAUGAACAAAGUCCAGAGACUGCUGCAGCAGGGACAUGAUGAGUGGUAUGUGGAGCGCCGUGACCUGUACCAGACUCUCCUGUACGAAGCCCACACAGCUGGAUCUGCAUCGUCUCAGAAGAGCAUCCUGUCCUUUGUCAAAGCUGCUGGUACUUACACCCCUCCUCUGCCCCGGACUCCCCUUCCUUCUGCACGUGUGCUGAGGCGUGCACACAUGAUCAUGGAGAUGGAGAAGAUGCCUGUGUACAGAGCCUCAAUCCUCAGUGUGACUGGAGAAAUCCUCUGCAUUGAUGGUACAAAAAAGGUCCUUAAGAAGAUAUAUGGUGAUGGCCAGGGCACCAUGCAGUAUAUCACCAGUGUGCUGAACGAGUGGGGCCAGUUCUUGACCACAGUGGUGGUGGCAGCUGAGUCUGAGGGGUGCUACAGACGUAUGGCCAAAGGUCUGAUGGCCCGCUUUGAACGAGCUAGGGCUCCUGCACCAAUUGCCAUAUAUGCAGAUAACAACUGUUGUCGUGACAGUGGUUCGUCCUUCCUGGAGAAUCUGUUCGGGGACUGGGUGCAGAAGGGUACUGUGGUCAGACUGGACAUCCGACACUGGCUGCACCGCUGGGAUGCUGUUGUCAUGAAACAGAGCCAUGCCAAGUAUGGGAUGUUCAUGAGUGCCCUGGCAGGUGCAGUGCUGGCCUACAACAAGGACGAUAUGAUGCUCCUAAUCCAGGCAGUCAGGAAGGGCAACCAGGAGUUGUACGCCAGUCUUUCAGACGAGGACAUGAUAGCCUUCCUCAAACCUCACCAGAUCAGGUCCUAUGUCAGACGGAUCACCCGUGGGGUUGAGGAGACAGCUUCAGCAAUUGAGUCCAUCAUUACGGAGUUCAAGGGACGUGCAGGCCUUGACAUUGAUGGAAUCCACCUGUUCAAAUCAGCACAGGCAGUGGAUUCUCACUGGGCAACUGCAAGCAAGCAUCUUAGUUGUAUGCAGGACCCCCCUGGCAUACAGCUGUAUGUGUCAGUGAAGGUGGUGGUGCUGAAUGGUGUCCGCCUGAACAAGUACAGGUGUCGGCGAGGCAGUAACUCCUUGGAGGGCUUGCACUCACACCUGUACAAUGCCAUUCCCUCACAGAGAUGUGGAGUUACGCCAUUCCAAGUGUAUCUGAUUGCAUUUGCUGUGCAGUGGAACAGCCGUAUGGAAUCACUCCGGGUUGCUGGUGGUCAUGGCAGGCAGACGUGGUGCAUGGACCCGCGGCAGAUUCAGCGCCUGAAUCAGCAGGCUGAGGUGCUCUUCGGUAAAGAGCAUGUCCUCGAGCCCAACUUUGCCGCUCCAAUGCCCUACCCUGCUGUAUACAAGGACCCAGACGAGGAGGAGCUCCUUGGAGUAGAGUAUGCCAUGUGCCAGUCAACCAGCUUCACUGCAAGGGAUUACUAUGCCCAGCAAGUUGAGGAAGAGCAGUCCCGUGAAGAAGAGGAGACGGGUGAACAAAGUGAGGACAUGCUGGCAGAUGAGGGUGUGGACGUGGGUGCAGAGUCAGAGGAGGAUCCUAUGGACACUGUCAGUGACAAACAUGUCAUCCUCACUCAAUCAGAACAGGUGGAGGAGGAGGACAGUCCUGCUCUGCAGGAUGUGCUGAUGACCAAGAGCCAUCUGCAUCUUCCUGGGCUGGAGGAAGUGGAAGCCUUGGCCCUGCUCCUUUUAGAACUGGCAGACAACAGUGACCGUCACCUAGUGCCAGCUGACCUAAGGCUGAAGAUUGGCACUGCAGUUGGUGCUCUGCAUGAGCAUGACAGGUCUGCAGCCAACUUUGUAAAAAGGUAUGAGUCUAGGUGGGGUUACACCCUGUUUGGCAGAUGCUUGGGAGCUGACACACCUGAGACCAGAGCAGCACAGAAGACAAAGUUUUCCUGGAUGAGGUACCCUCAGGCAGCCCAGGUGACUGAGGAUAGUCGUCUGUUGUACCUCAUUAUUAAGAUGCUGAAAAACCGGCCACCAGCCAGUCGUCUCACCUCCCCCACUAAAAUCACCAAUGCAAUCAAGGGCCAGUAUAAAAGGAUUGUAGACAGAGUCAGAGACGAUCCCAUCCUCAACGGUCUCUCCAUUCCUCUGCCCAAUCUGAAUGCAAAGUCCAUCUCUACAUUCAUGGCACGGGAAGAGAAGAAGGCUAACUACAGGGCAACAGUAAUGCCAAAUGUGAAACCCCACCAAAGAGUGCUGUCAGAAGAACCAAUGCCAGCAGCUCCUACUCUGCCAGAAUCCCUACCAGCUCCAGAUCGACCUCAGGUUCAGUACCAGAGCCUACGUCAUGAAGCUGGGAAAAGGCAUGGUCAGAAGCGGAGGGUAGACGUGGAAGAGCCGGAGCUUGUGAACAGGCCCAUUCAACCUAAACCCCCUGUGGCCACGUACAUCCCACCCAGAGCGUCAGCAGCACCUGUCCUGGUAGUGGUUCCUGCUCAGCCACAGUGACCAUCCAUGAUGCUCUGUGGGGCAUCCAGCAGUCAAGGCUUCAUACCUUUCGCACCGCCUCCUGAGCUGACAUCCAGACCAAUCAAGCCUCAUAAAUCCAUGAAGCCUUGUGGGGCCUGCCAAGUACCCCAGUGUGGUGGGCAGCGUAAGCGGUACACGCCCUCCAAAGACAAGGCUGCUGAAAGUAGCCAAAAAAUAUUUACCUAUUGCCCAGCAACUAGGAAGUCCACCACUUCAGGUUUUGAAGGUGUUGUGUUCAACAGUUUUGAACACUUCAAAAGUGUAGUAGAUGAGGAACUUAAAAAGAAAAAAAAAUAACAAUUAGAGAGCCAACUACAUCUUCAACUACAUCCCCCAAAUCACAAUAGCAGAUUCCUGGGGUAUGGUUUGGACCUGGUUCAGACCUGGAUUAGACCUAGUUUAGAUUUUGCCCUAGUUUGGCCAUGAUUUAGACCUGGUUUAAUCCCAGUUGUACUUACCUACAACCCCAAUUCCAAUGAAGUUGGAACGUUGUGUAAAACGUAAAUAAAACCAGAAUACAAUGAUUUGCAAAUCCUUUUCAACCUAUGUUCAAUUGAAUACACCACAAAGACAAGAUAUUUAAUGUUCAAACUGUUAAACUUUAUUGUUUUUUUGCAAAUAUUCACUCACUUUGAAUUUGAUGCCUGCAACACGUUC